AUGGAUGCCGACUUCAGCAAUUUGUUGAUGUUUGCAGAAGUAGCAGCUUCUGCUUCGCCUCUUCUCUCCAACUCCAUCACCACCCCACCAAACAACAAUAACCACAACAAGAAAAGGAAGCCGAAUGACUCCAACAACAACAACAAUAACAAGAAGAUGAAGAAGCCUGUUGACUACAACAUGCCUUGCAAGAAGCUCACCGUUAAAAACCCUUCUCCUCGCGGCUGGAUUGAGGCCUACCUUCGCUUAAAAGCUACAAGUCUCAUAUGGGCCAUGGAUAAAAUGCUGACAUCCAGUGACACCGAUCCUCAUCAAAAUCGUCUCCUCUUCCCUACAUCUCUCAUCGGCCACACCCUCCUUCCUGCACUAACACCCUAUGAAAGAUACAAUCUCGAAAGAGGUGUUGGGAUUGAAUGCAUUACUCUCGAUCACAAGGGUCAGGAUUGGAUCACACGCUUCAGCUACUGGAAAUCAUCAGGGGGAUAUACCUUGAACGGCAAGUGGAGUUGUUUCGUCAAAGGAAAUGGAUUGCGUGCCGGUUUCCAUACCGUCCAAGUUAGGACUUUCCGUCAUGGGCCUCAAAAUCUAAACCUGGGUUUUAUCGUUUUAUUUGAAGAAAAUCAAGAAGGACAAGAAAAGCCGAAGGAAGAUUAA